GCCAAAGGGACUGAUGGAUAGUUCCUGCCGUCUAGCCAGAGGGAUGGGAGGUUGCAGGUUAAGCUGCUAUAAACUCCUGUAAAAGAAAAUGCUGCCUGCAACCUUCAAACUGUGCGCUGGCAUCUCCUACCGGCAUAUGAGAAACAUGACAGGUUUGAGGAAGAAUGCCAUGGUGGCCAUUCACCAUGAACUCAACAGACUGGCAGGCCCAGGCCCCAGUAACUGGAUCAGCCAAGUUCGCAGACGAAGCUCCCUUCUCAGCUCUCGGAUUAAAGAGGAGGAUGGAUACAGCGAGGAGGAGAUGUCUUAUGUGAAGCAAGGUGAGAAUGCACUGCAGAAGGCCAUCGGCAUCCUCAGCGAGCAGGACGGCUGGACCAUAGAAACUGUAGCUGCAAACGGAGACAAAGUCCUGAGUAAGGUGUUGCCUGACAUUGGGAAGGUGUUCAAGCUGGAGGUGAUGCUGGAGCAACAUCCUGAAAAUCUUUAUGAAGAGCUUGUGGGGAACAUGGAGCAAAUGGGCGAGUGGAACCCUAAUGUCAAACAGGUCAAGAUCCUUCAAAAGAUCGGCCAGGACACAAUGGUGACCCACGAGGUUUCGGCAGAGACACCCGGCAAUGUGGUGGGACCGAGGGAUUUUGUCAGCGUCCGUUGCGCCAAACGCAGAGGCUCCACCUGCUUCCUGGCUGGAAUGUCCACCCAGCACCCAAGAAUGCCCGAGCAGAGGGGUGUAGUCAGGGCGGAGAAUGGGCCUACCUGUAUAGUUAUGAAGCCGUGUGCUGAAGACCCAAAUAAGACCAAGUUCACCUGGUUACUAAGUAUAGAUCUGAAGGGCUGGAUCCCAAAGACAAUCAUACACAAAGUGCUCUCUCAGACGCAGGUGGACUUUGCCAACCACCUCAGGCAAAGGAUGGCUAAUAAUGUUUCUAUGGAGAUGGCUCAUGCCUGCUGACACAAGAUGCCUCUUGAG